AUGCGACUUUGUCUGGCAGUUGGCCUCUUGCUCGUAGUCUGGGCGGGCAUUGGCCUAACCGCUCCGGUUCCGCUUGGAGACGACGCAAAACAACGCAACAAGCGUGACGACGGACUGCAGAGCUUGGCCACGAGUGCGGUUCAGGCCGGCGACCGGUCGAGCGGAGUAACCAAUGAAGGAAGGUUUGUGGAAGUAAUGUGCUGUCAAACUUUCGAGUCGACUGCCAUUUGUGCUCUCCAUGGCCGUUGGAAACAGAAUCAGAAUGGCAGAAUAGCCGAAAGGGAUGCCUUUGUACAAGACGUGUUCGCCUUCUUUCGUUUGGGCUGA